AUGCCCAAGUCUAAGCGCGAUCGACCAGUUACACUUUCCAAGACAAAGAAGAAAGGAAGGGUACACAAAGAAACCAUUGUGAAUUCAAUAAGGCAGGCAGCGGAAGAUUACAGUUCCGUUUAUGUGUUCUCUUUUGAGAACAUGCGAAAUCUCAAAUUCAAGGAGUUCAGAGACCAGCUCAAAUCAACCAGCAGAUUUUUCCUUGGUUCAAACAAAGUCAUGCAAAUUUCUCUAGGUCGUUCUGAUUCCGAUGAGAUCAGACCAGAUCUCCACAAAAUUUCUAAGGUUCUGCAUGGAAAUGCUGGACUAUGUUUCACCAAUUUGCCGAAGGAAGAGGUGGAAAGGCUAUUUAACGAAUACAAGGAAUAUGAUUUCGCAAGGACAGGAAGCAUAGCUACAGAGAAGGUGGAGCUUCAGGAGGGUCCUUUGGAGCAGUUCACUCAUGAGAUGGAACCCUUUCUACGUAAACAAGGGAUGCCUGUUCGUUUGAACAAAGGUGUUGUGGAGCUUGUUUCAGACUUCCUUGUUUGUGAUGAAGGAAAGCCUCUGUCACCUGAGUCAGCUCGGAUACUGCGUUUGUUGGGAAUCAAGAUGGCUACCUUCCGACUUCACUUAAUAAGCAGAUGGAGCCCUGGUGAAUUUGAACUCUAUGGUCCAGGACCAGAUGAUUCAGGUGUUGAAUCCUCAUAA